CCUGACGCACUGCCUCUGGGGAGGAAACGGAGCCGCAAACUCAGUCCUGCUCUGCUGUACACGGUGCAGGGCAGAGGGAGAGCCAAUCACUGAAACGCACAGGCUCCCUUUAAGCCUGACAUAUCUCCAACAGGAACAAAUUGUCCCAACAAUCAACAUCCCAAUCUGCUGCGCGCAUCAGGGGCCGGAGAGGAGCGGAGAGCCUACAGGCCCGUGCUGCGCAGAAAAAUUGCACUGGAUUGCAUCGCGAGAAGAAGCUCAAGUUAACGCAGGCAAUACACUACAGCUUUCGCUUUGGAUACCGACUUUAAGGGUGGAGGAGUGAACUCGGACAUCAUGUCUAUACUGCCGUCAUUCGGGUUCACGCAGGAGCAAGUGGCGUGCGUUUGCGAGGUGUUGCAGCAGGGAGGGAAUCUGGAGAGGCUCGGGCGCUUCCUGUGGUCUCUGCCUGCCUGCGAUCACCUCCACAAGAACGAGAGCGUCCUCAAAGCCAAGGCGGUGGUGGCCUUCCAUCGUGGGAACUUUAGGGAGCUCUACAAGAUCCUGGAGAGCCACCAGUUUUCUCCACACAACCACCCGAAGCUGCAGCAGCUGUGGCUGAAAGCGCACUACGUGGAGGCGGAGAAGCUGCGUGGCCGGCCGCUCGGAGCUGUAGGGAAGUAUCGUGUACGGAGGAAAUUUCCGCUGCCCCGCACUAUAUGGGACGGCGAAGAGACCAGCUACUGCUUUAAAGAGAAGUCCAGGGGCGUCCUGAGAGAGUGGUACACACAACCCUACCCGUCCCCGCGGGAAAAGAGAGAACUGGCCGAGGCCACGGGACUGACCACCACGCAGGUCAGCAACUGGUUCAAAAACAGACGGCAGAGAGACAGAGCAGCAGAGGCCAAGGAGAGAGAGAACAGUGAAAACAGCAACGCAGGCGGCAACAAACAGAACCAGCUGUCGCCGCUGGACGGAGGAAAGUCUCUCAUGUCCAGCUCGGAGGACGAGUUUUCUCCCCCUCAGAGCCCCGACCAGAACUCAGCGCUUUUGCUCCAGGGCAAUAUGAACCACCCCGGGGCCUCCGCGUACCCCAUGUCCGGUCUAGGAGCCCCACAGCCGGUGCACAGCAUGCACGGACACCCGCACCAACUGCAGGACUCCUUGUUGGGACCUCUAACGUCCAGUCUCGUGGAUUUGGGCUCUUAAAGAGGCUACCAGAUUAUUUUAUUUUACAAAAAACGUGAAAAAAGAAGACUGAUAAUCAGAUUGAGUACAUGUAUGAAAUAACACUAUUGUAGCCUAUACCUUAUAAUAUAGACUGACUUAUCUGUCGUUAAAUUUGGUUAGAUCAAAAUUCCUUUUACGCGCUUAACCUGUGUAUCAGUCCUGACAGGAGCUUUUUUCUGAUCUCUUGCACAUAAAAAAAAAAAAGAAAAACACAAACGGGACCUGACUGAAACUCUUAAACUCAACGAGACACUUAACUGGACUGGCCCUUCGCUUAAUUUAUGAGAUUUUGUUGAGAAAAAAAAAGAAUUAUAGCAACAUCCUGCGAUGGAAACUAAGAGGUAACGUUUUCAUUAGACUCAUUGUAAUUAGUUUCCAAUAAAACAAAAGUCAUA